AUGCAAGGGAAAAUUGAGAGUUUAAAUGAGAAAGGCUACACGAUACUGUUGAAACAAAAUCCCAGGAUUAUUAUCAUAAUUACGCCUAUAAUGAAACGGGUCUUUCUAUCUACUACAUAUGAGAAUAUGAUGUUUGUAGACACAACAUUAUCGUGUGACCAGACCAGUUCUGCAAUUACUCUAGUUUUUACAUCUCACAAAAUUGGCGGUCUUCUAUUGGCUUGCGCUAUACAUACCGAGCAAAAUGAAUCCAAUUACACACUGGUUUUUGCCACCAUUAAAGAAGCUAUAGAAAAGAACGAGACGAGUAAAAAAUUUGAGCCUGAUAUUGUUAUAACAGAUGAUUCUACUGCAGAACGAAAUGAUUUGAGAACCAUUUUUCCAAAUGCUCGAUUAAUAUUGUACGCAUUUCAUGUAUGUCAAGCCAUUUGGCGUUGGCUUUGCGUUACAGAUCACAAGGUUGACAUAAUGAAAAGACAGUCAAUCAUGAUGAGAUUUAGAAAUAUUAUUUUUGUAACUGAUCCAGAAGAAGCAGUAAAAUUGUAUGAGGGAUUGACAAUGGACGAGUAUAUUAGGACGAUGCCAGCUCUGUUAAAUCAUCUCAGUAACUUAUGGGAACGGCGACUAGAAUGGUGUAUCUCUGGUAGGGUGGAUUUACUUACGCGAGGAAACAAUACUAACAACAUAACAGAAGCAUCUAUACACAUUCUUAAAGACGUGAUACUCCAGCGCUGUAAAGCAUUUAAUGCUUGCGCAUUGGUAGAUUUCGUCACCUCCAUUUUUGAGAACUAUUUUCAGCGCCGCAUCGUUUAUUAA